UCCCUUGCGCAGGAUUUGUGUUGUGUGCGUGUGUGAGGGAGAGAAAAAGUAAAGAUGGCGGUUGACGGAGUACCGGGCACCGAGUCUAACCCGGACCUGAACUCAUGGAGCGUUCCCGAGUUACAGGCCAAACUGGCGGAGAUUGGAGCCCCGGUUAUGGGCCCGAGAGAAGAGUUACUAGAGAGACUGAAGUCCUACAUGAUGCAGACGGGUGUGAUGUUGAGUAAACCCAGCUUGCCAGGCGGAGACGACAAGGCCCUGACCACGAUGCCUGGUCUGCCUCCCAUGCCCCCAAUGCCCUCCAUGCCUCUACCCCCUGGCAUGGGCGUGCUGCAGGCCAUGGGCAUGAUGGGAGGACCACCUCCACCUGGUAUACGCAUCAGCAUGGAGCCGCCGGGUGUCUCCUCUGGCAUGCCACAGGAUGACCCUCAGAAGUUGGCCCAGAGGGUUGGUCAGGGGGAUUCCAGAGUGAUGGAGGAGCAGCUAAAGGAGCAGGAGCUUCUCGAGCAGCAGAAGAGAGCUGCACAGCUGCUGGAGCACGAGAGGCAGCAGGAGCUGGUCAAGCUGCAGCAGACUGGACCACCAGGCACUCGGGCUCCAGAACCAGGACCUGCACCCAACCUGCUACCCCCCAUUCCUCCACUCAGAGCCUUGACAACCAGUGGCCCACCCCCUCCAGGCGUAUCCAUGGUAUCACAGAGCAGUCAGAGGCAGAGAGUACCACCUCCACCUGGAGAGGACGCAAGAGAGAUGUGGCAGGGUGAUGACGUGGGAAUCGGGCCGAAGAUCCCUCAGGCUCUGGAGAAGAUCCUGCAGCUGAAGGAGAUCAGACAGGAGCAGCUGAUCGCUGCGCCUACAGAAGAGGAAGAUGACGACACGGCCGACAUGGACCUGAACAGCUCUCGUCCAUACUCGGACGACGAAGGAGAAAGUGCUCUCUCGAAAAAGGAUAAAAGCCGCAGACGCAGGAACCGGAAGAAGAAGAAGAAGAGGAAUCAAGAGAAAACUGAGCAAGUGGAGGGGAGAAAGAAGGAGACCGAGAAGGACAAAGAGAAGGAUACAGAAGUGGAAAUCGAGUACGUCACCGAGGAGCCGGAGAUCUACGACCCCAACUACAUUUUCUUCAAGAGGAUCUUCGAAGCGUUUAAGUUGACAGAUGAUUUGAAGAAAGAGAAGGAGAAGGAGCCUGAGAAGAGCGAGAAGCAGGAAAUCACCUCGUAUAAGAAGAAAUUUUUAGAGGAAAAGAAAGACAGCGAUGACAGCGACGAGGAAAUCAAACCGGAUGUGCCGAAACUCUCUAAGAAGAAGCUGAGAAGGAUGAACAGGCUGACUGUCGCUGAGCUCAAACAGCUGGUGGCGCGUCCGGACGUGGUGGAGAUGCACGACGUGACGGCGCAGGAGCCCAAGCUGCUGGUGCACCUGAAGGCCACAAGGAACACUGUACCCGUGCCACGCCACUGGUGCUUCAAGAGGAAGUACCUGCAGGGGAAGAGGGGUAUCGAGAAACCGCCCUUCGAGCUGCCGGAGUUCAUCAAACGCACCGGCAUCCAGGAGAUGAGAGAAGCCCUGCAGGAGAAGGAGGAUGCUAAAACUAUGAAGACCAAAAUGCGGGAGAAAGUUCGUCCAAAGAUGGGCAAGAUCGACAUCGACUACCAGAAGCUCCACGACGCCUUCUUCAAGUGGCAGAUCAAGCCGAAGCUCACCAUCCAUGGAGACCUGUACUACGAGGGUAAAGAGUUUGAGACACGUCUGAAAGAGAAGAAGCCUGGAGAUCUGUCUGAUGAGCUGAGGAUCGCUCUGGGCAUGCCCACUGGCCCUAACUCCCAUAAGGUUCCUCCUCCCUGGCUUAUUGCCAUGCAGAGGUACGGUCCUCCCCCAUCCUACCCAAAUCUCAAGAUCCCUGGCCUCAACGCCCCCAUCCCUGAGAACUGCUCGUUUGGUUAUCACGCUGGAGGAUGGGGUAAACCUCCUGUAGACGAGACAGGAAAACCUCUUUACGGAGACGUGUUCGGAACCAACGCAGUAGACUUCCAGGCCAAAGCGGAGGAGGAGGAAGUGGACCGAUCCACAUGGGGUGAACUCGAACCAUCAGACGAAGAGUCUUCAGAAGAAGAGGAAGAGGAGGAGAGCGACGAGGACAAACCGGACGAGUCCGGUUUCUUCACGCCUGCCGACAGCGGCUUAAUCACUCCCGGCGGUUUCUCCUCGGUUCCCGCUGGCAUGGAGACUCCAGAACUGAUUGAGCUCAGGAAGAAGAAGAUUGAAGAGGCGAUGGACGGAAACGAAACUCCUCAGCUGUACACAGUGCUGCCAGAGAGGCGAACAGGCCCUGUGGGAGCAGCCAUGAUGGCGUCCACACACAUCUACGAAAUGUCUGCGGCUGGGGCAGCGCGGAAGGCAGCCGGGGGGGCCGGCGUGUCUGGGUUGGGCGGAGACACUCAGGGUGUGGAGGUGGCUCUGGCACCAGAGGAGCUGGAGCUCGACCCGAUGGCCAUGACUCAGAAGUACGAGGAGCACGUGCGCGAGCAGCAGGCUCAGGUGGAGAAGGAGGACUUCAGCGACAUGGUGGCCGAGCACGCCGCCAAACAGAAGCAAAAGAAGAGGAAAGGCCAGCCCCAGGACACUCGUGCCGGAGCCAAGAAAUACAAAGAGUUCAAGUUUUAAAGCGGAGACGAGCAUGAGACCACAGAUAAUCAUACCGUCUGUUUUUCCUUUUAGAGUCAGCGCCGUAGGAAUAAAGGUGUCUGUAAGCUGAUGAGAAGCACUUUUAUUCACAUGCUUCACUGUCUUUUGUAAAUAAAAUAUAAACCCAUGCC